CGCUAUACUAACUAGGCACGUACGCUGGUGUUUGCGGAGCUCUCCAUCACGACUGAAAUACAACCGCCAAAUAUUAGCACUUGUUCUAUUGACAACACCGGGCACGGUUCCGCUAUCGCCAUUAUCAGCUUGACUCGAAGCCAAAGCGGACUCUUUCUUUCUUUCCGUUGAUUUUCUUGUGGAAUUGCGGAAAAGUAGUGCGAGAUCGACGAGGAUGGUUUGGACGAGACCGGCGAGUGUUCCGUUUCCUUCGGUGUGGCACACCUUCCGCGCUAAGGAUGUGGACAGCGACCAGCUGGUGAACUACGUGGUGCAGGAUUUACCGGAGGACCGUUUCGAGGAGGCCAUCAAUCACAUGCUGGGAAUAUUCAUUCACGAUGAACCGAUGUGCCAUGCGAAAAAACUGGCCGAAGACCCGGUAAGCGUGCAGGAAAUCGGAGAAAUAUGGCGUGAACUGGUUAAGCAUCGAGUGGCAUUAGUCUGCUACCGCGAAGGCUCUGAUGAGAUCGCAGGACUCAACAUGACAUUUGUCUCCUGCAAGGAUGACAAAAAGGAUUACGCUCCCAAAGGUGACCGCUGGCAGGACGUAUUCGAUGCGGUGAUGUAUUUCUCCACCAAGAGCAACGUGUUCGAACGGUACCAGGUGGACGAAUAUCUGUCGGCGAUGGGACUCUCCGUUAUGCCCAAGUACCGUGGCCGAGGUCUGGCGACGGAAAUUCUCCGGGCACGGAUCCCGCUGUGCAAAGCCGUGGGACUGAAACUGACUUCGACGGUGUUUACGGCUAUUGGCUCGCAAAUUCCGGCCGCCAAGGUGGGCUUCGAGGAAACAUUUGUCAUGGAGUACGAAGAGCUGGUAAAGAUGAACUCGAGAUUCGAGUUUCCCGGGAUCCCGGGGAAAUAUUGUAAGAGUAUGAGUUUAAAAAUUGAUUAAAAAGUGAACGUGGGUAA